AUCCCACAUAAGUGGAAGCAGCUAGCAACGUUUAUCCUAGCGCCCACGAAGGUUGCGCUAUAGUUUGCCCCGCUUCCGCGAGUCUUCCGCGAGCGAAGACUGCCAAUCAGGGAAUCAGCCCCAUCCGCGCCCCUAACCUCGCCAGGGGUUUCUCGCUAAUCCGCUGCUUGCUCGACCCCCGCACAGCCCAGCUCCGCGCGCCAUGGAGCGCGAGCCGACGCGCGAGGAAGGCGAGGUGAACGAAGAUAUCGAUGCCGCCGCAGGGGGCGAAGAAAGCGGGACCGGGGGAUCGCGGAAGCGGAAGCAGGCGCAAGGCGCGCGGAAGAAGGGCGGAGAGGAGAAGGUCCCUGGGCUGGUGAAGCGGGGCGGGCGCGCAGCGAUGGUUGUGGGCGGCGGAGGAAUGGCGGCGGCUGCGGCGGGAUCUACGCUGCUCGAGUACCAGGUGCACAACGUGCUCACAGAGGCCCACGUGGACCUGGCUGCUGCCAGGCAGCGAGGGAAAGGCAUGGUGGUGGCUGUAGAUGGUGCCGUGGAGAAAUUAAAGGAAACGCUUUUAGCCAUGCCUGAGGGAGAACAGGUGACAGCAGACGCCGCUCUGCCAUACGUGGAAGGGCUGGUGGGGCAGGAGGGGAUGAGGAGCCUCGCCUUCGCCUUCCACCCGCCCACCCGCAUGCAAGUGGUGGGCAGCUACGCCCAUGCCGGCUCACCUGCUGCCUCGCACGCGCGUGGGCACUCGUCUGGGGGUGGUGAUGGUGGUGAUGGUGGUGAUGGCGGGGGUGCUGGUGUGGGCAGUGUUGCGAGGCCGUGCACGCAUGUGGAUGUGGCAGUGGAGAUGCCCCAGGCGUGCUUCCGCGAGAAGGACAUCUUGAACCACCGCUACUUCGCCAGGCGGGCGCUGUACCUUGCCACUCUGGCCCGCCACCUGGCGCAGUGUGAUUGGGUGGCAGCCGUGGAGUGGAGCACGCUGAGGGAUGACGUGUGCAAGCCCAUCCUCGCUGUCAUUCCGCGCGCCUGCAAGGGCUGGCCCCUGCGUCUCAUCCCCUGUCUGCCGCCCAGCACCUUCCCCUCACGCAAGCUCGCACCCUCCCGCAACAAUGUGCGGCAAGCUACCUCCAAAGGGGGCGAGCUGCUGGCAACCCCGAAGUACAACAUGGGGGUGGUGGAGGAUGGUGCACACAUGGAGGCCCAUGACGUCAUCUCACAUGCCAUGGCGCUUGUGCCCGCUCUGCCACACGGGUUGGUGCUGCUGAAGAUCUGGGCUCGCCAGCGGUACGGCACCAAGCGCCAGGUGGCGCCUGCUGAUUGGCUGAAUGGAUUCCAGCUGUCCCUACUGGCAGCCCACCUGGCGUCGCCCCACAACCCCCACCGCCGCAUCACACCUGCCAUGUCAGCAUUCCAGAUAUUCCGAUGUGUCAUGGAGGCAAUGGGCGGCACGGAUCUGCUCCAGCAGCCCAUCUUCCUCACCGCUCCUGAUGGCUCCCCCAAUGCACUCCAGGCGAAUUCUCAGGCGCGCAGGGACAUGCAGAGGGCGUUCGACUGGGUGCUGUGCGACCCCUCAGGGACCGUCAACUACGCCUCCAGAGUCUCCAAGUCUGCCCUGCACCAGUUCCGGCUGGACGCGCAGCUCACCUACAGCGUGAUCAAGUCGGGGGGAGCGCCCGUGGCCUGUCUGCCGGGGCAGCCAGUGAUGCUGGCGUUCAUGCAGCCGUGCGCCGUGGCGGAUAGAUUCGAUUUGAUUGCCCGAGUUCACGACGCCCCUCCUGCCACUGCGCAGGCGGCAUUGCUUCUGGAUGAGUCGCAGCACCGGCGCAGGGAGGAGGUGGCGGCAGGCGUGGUGGCGAGGGGCAUGGGGGAGAGGGCGACAGCUGUGAGGGUGUAUCCCAGGGAGGUGCCUGCUGGAUGGAGGCUGGAGCAGGGCAUGCCAGCAGUGGCCGGCGCGCCCAUGCUCAUCGGAGUGUCGCUGGCGUCGCCUGACACUGCCUUCCGCCUCGUCGACAAGGGCCCCAGCGCCGACAACAAGGCAGAGGCGCUCAAGUUCCGCGCCUUCUGGGGCCCCAAGGCGGAGCUGCGGCGCUGGAAGGACGGCACCGUCACUGAGGCCGUGGCGUGGGAGGGCACGCAAUCGUUGCGCCACCUCAUCCCGUCGCGACUCAUCGCCUUUGCCCUGCAACGCCACCUGGGGCUGGAGGAGUGCGCUGUGAGGGUGACUGGAGGGGAGCUGGACUUCGCCUUGAAGGUCGAGGGCAAGGACCCAGCAUCAUCUGCCCCGGCUCUCAGCGCAGCCUUUGAGCGCCUCUCCUCGCUGCUGCGCCAGCUGCCCUCGCUGCCGCUCUCUAUUGUCGCCCUGCACUCCCUCUCUCCCGCCACAAGAGGAGCAGCCGCCUUCCCCCCGUCGCCCUGCCCUCCAGCCACUGCCGGGGGGCCAGGGUAUGGGGAGGGCAUGUGGCGUCGCUGCGUUGACCCUGUUCCGGUGGCCGUGCAGCUGGAGGCGUCCAGCAAGUGGCCGGACGAUCCUGAGGCUCUCCGACUCACGCGCCACGCCUUCUGCCUGCAGAUCGCCAACAGUCUGCAGCAGCCGCACGGAGUGGAGGUGGAAGCGGCUCGGGAUGCCGUGGAUGUGAUGGUGGAGGGCUUUGCCUUCCGCCUGGUGCUGCUGCAUGACUAUGUCCCACCAACAGAGGACGUCACCUCCUCCCCCUCCUCCUCCUCCCUCACUCCCCUCAUUGCCCCCUCCCCCCUCCCCACCCUCCCCUCCUCCUCGUUCUCUGAGACCCAUCGCACGCUGCAGCAUCACAGCACGCUCAACGGCCUCACAGGCCGCCACCCAACCUUUGGGUCGAUUGCUAGGCUCGCCAAGAGGUGGGUGGCGGCGCACCUCUUCUCGUCGCACUUGAAGGAGGAGGCCGUGGAGCUGCUGGUGGCGCACACCCUCAUUGCGCCCAACCCCCUGCCGCUGCUCGCCCCCAAGUCACGCCUCGCUGGACUGCUCAGGUUCUUCCGCCUGCUGGCGUCUUAUGAUUGGCUGUCGCAGCCGCUCAUAGUGGAUGUGAACAGUAACUUCUCGCACGAGGACGUGCAGCAGAUUCAGGCCCGGUUUGACUCUCGUCUGCCUCCCCAUCGAGACGCUCUGGGCAGCUCGGCUCGCAGCGUGGCGAAGCGGCUCAAGCAGAGUGCGGCGGACGGGGGGAGAGAGGGCGAGAAGGAGAGGGAGAGGCGGCCGGCCAUGUGCCUCGCCACGCCGUACGAUCGCGACGGCGACACAUGGACGCAUCUUGGACCGUCUGUUGAGGCUCUGGAGCGUCUGUGUGCCUUCGCCCAGAGCGCAGAGCAGGUGUUGGCGCAGCUGAUCACGGGGGAGGGCGAGGGGGAUGGGGGAGGGGAGGGAGCAGGGGAGGAGAGAGGCAGAAAGGGAGGAGGGAAGGGGAGGGAGGGAGGUGGUGAGAAGCACAGGGCCGUGCAGUGGAAGUCGCUCUUCCUCUCGCCCCUCGCCACCUCCUUCGACCUCAUCAUUCGCCUGCACCCUGCGUCCCUCCCCCACCACCCGCGCGUGCUCUUCCCUGCGCCCAAGGCUCUGAGCACCACCAAGGGUUGGCUACAAGUGCCGUCCUCCCUAAACCCUGACCCCUCCUCCUCCUCCUCCUCCUCCUCCUCCUCUCCACCCUCCUCUUUCACCCCUUCCCUUCACCGCCUCACCUCUGCGGGCCCUGCGCUGCUCAUUGGCUUCAAUCCGCCCGCCCUGCUGCUGGCGCACUUGCAGGAACGCUUCGGCUCAGUGCUCACUUUCUGGUACGACGGCCUGUGCGGCAGCGAGGUCAUCGGUGCCACGUGGCGCAUUCCCAUUGGUGCAUCUGCGGAUGGCAGUGCUGUUGCCCCUUCCCUCCCCCGGCGGGCCCAACAAGCCCAUGUGCUGCCGUGCUCCCAGCAGGCAGAGAAAGACCUUCCGUGCCAUGUGGUGAACGUUGCUGCCAUCAUCGAUGACAUCAGCAUGAUGGGUGCUGGCCUUGUGGCGUCUGUCUAUGUGCGGCAAUAAGGGCGAAUUCCUACAAAGUUGCAUCAGAAUCAGAAACGCACAUAAGCAAAAUGAACCGCACUGAAACGCGAUUAAAACACUCGCAACGCGUAGUACCACAUUGUCAACUUAUACAUAUGCUUAUAUGUAGAAGUUCUAGGCUAGAUAGGUUUGUGUUCUGAGAGGGUACAACUCCAACUCUAUAUCUCCCUUGUACUCACAUGUUCUAGUCCA